CUGUGUUUUCGGUGCCCCAAUGGACUCCGAUGGACUCCGAUGGACUCCGAUGGGCCCCGGCUCUCGGCUCAAGCUCAAGCGGCUCGCAACAAGAUGAGGCGCUCGUUCAAGGUGAAGUCGGUUGCCAUAGUUGGCAUCAUCGUCGCGACAUAUGCCUUGUACGUGGAGAACAGGUUGAAAGAUCCGUUUUACCAACCUGGCUGCAGUGCAUCAUGGACCGGAGGGGAUUGCGCCACGGUCUUCAAGAGUUCCUACGGCCACAUCUUGAGCCACUGGGGCAUCGUGCCCAAAGGAUCUGUGUUGGAUUUAUCCCUGCCCAUCUUGGGGCUGGUGCUUUAUGGUAGCUACUGGUGCGCCAUCAGCAUAUCUAGCCCUUUUCCUUUCAGAGAGGAAAUUUUCCUCACAGCUGCGAUCGGAGGAGGAUGUUUCUCCAUCUACUUGCUCUAUGUCAUCAAAGUCAUCCUGCAGGAGUUUUGCAUCGUGUGCUUCAGCUUCCACUGUUGCAACUUUGCUAUUCUGGUUCUAGCGAUCCUAGAAUAUCGAAAUCCCGAAGUCAAGAAAGCCAAGAAGGCCGACUGAUAUGGCAAAUUCAAAGCACCCAUGGUGCCACUAUGUGCCAUCACGGCACAAAGCUGCCGUUACAAAGAGAACGAUAGGUUUCCAAGAGUUGAAUGCCUUGUUUCGAUAGCACAGCCCUGAAAAAGACAUUGUAGCUGAUUGUAGCUAUUUGUAGCUUACACUGUAGCUAUGUGUGGCUGGCAGUUUGGCCUGAGGGUGUCCACCGAGGCUGCAUUCCUGCUGUCAAUAAUUCGCUGUUGUAAAAUGAAGCCAUCGUCUCCCACGGAUUUGGAGCCGCCAUGAAUUUCAUUGCAAUGAGUCAAUGAGCCUCAAACGAGCCCCGAACGAGCUGCCUUCCCAGGCUUCCCAUGCUGCUUCAAAAUGAUUCACGCGGGGUGCGAAAA